AUGGAAUGUGCAGAUCUAUCGAAGGAGACAUUACAAAUGUCGCUUAUAAGCGGUGUUCCUGAUGAUAUUGUGAAUUCUUGCUUGGCUAGAGUUCCAAGGGAAUAUCACAUGGCAAUGAAAUGUGUUUCAAGGAGAUGGAGAGAUUUUGUGUGUAGCGAUGAGUUCUGCGAUUAUCGAAACAAGUUGAACUUGGCUGAAUCUUGGAUUUACGCCUUGUGCCGUGAUAUAUCUGGCGGUGUUUUCUUGUACGUGCUGAAUCCGUUCUCGUCUAGAAGGUCGUGGAAAAGAAUCAAUGAAUGUAGACAUAUUACAAUGAGAGAAGGUAUGGGUUUUGCGGUAUUGGGUAAGAGAUUGUUUGUGUUAGGUGGAUGUGGUUGGUUAGAAGAUGCGAUUGAUGAGGUUUAUUGUUAUGAUUCUGCUAUGAACACUUGGCUUGAUGUAGUACCGUCGCUUUCAACUAAAAGAUGCUUCUUUGCUUGUGAAACGCUUGAUGGGAAAAUUAUGGCGAUUGGUGGAUUAGGAGUGAAUCCUAAAGUUCCGCAGACUUGGGACAUAUAUGAUCCUUUAACGAAAACCUGCAAAUCUUGUUCGGAUACUAAUAUUGUCCCUGAAAUUGAAGAUUCAUUUGUAAUGGACGGGAAGAUUUAUGUACGGGGUGGUGGUGGAUCUUCAGUUGCAGUCUAUAAUGCAUUGAGCGGGGUUUGGGAACGUGUGGAUGAUGAUAUGGCUUUGGGAUGGCGAGGUCCAGCGGUUGUGGUAGCAGAUGAUCUUUAUGUUUUGGAUCAGACUUUUGGAUCUAAGCUAACAAUGUGGUGCAAGGAAACGAGAAAGUGGAUUCAUAUCGGGAAGCUAUCUCAAUUGGUAAUGAAGCAGCCGUGUCGGCUUGUUUCUAUUGGAAGUAAUAUCUUUGUGAUUGGUAAGGAUUGCUCUACUGUGGUGAUUGAUGUUGAGAAUGUGAGGACGAUGACGAUGACUGGAGUAAUGGUGUGUUCUUCUAUACCAAAGACUUGGGAUGAUGAUAUUGAUGUUAUUAGCUGUAAAUCUGUAGCCAUGUAA